GAUGCCACAUCCAAAGUUCUGGAAGACGAGCCCAGUCUCACUUGGCUGAUGACUCUCUCUAAGAAAUACAAAAAUUUCCAAGAUGCCACAUCCAAAAAUUCCAAAGUAAUAGUUUCAUUGAUGGAAAGCUCUAUUCAGAUCCUGUAGAAUUCAGAAUGGGAGAAGUGAAAGUGAUUGGUGCAUCGCUGAGUUCUUUCUGCUGCAGAAUUGAAUGGGCGAUGAAGCUCAAGGGGGUAGAAUAUGAGUAUAUAGAAGAAAACUUGACAAACAAGAGUCCCAUUCUUCUCCAGUAUAACCCUGUCCAUAAGAAGAUCCCAGUGCUUGUGCACAAUGGAAAACCAGUUGCUGAAUCCCUUGUCAUCCUUGAGUACAUAGAUGAGACAUGGCAGGAGAAUCCUCUACUGCCUAAAGAUCCUUUAGAAAAAUCCACCUCACGUUUCUGGGCUAGAUUCGUUGAUGAGAAGUGUAUUCUUAGUGCGUGGGCUGCUUGCAGAGCACAAGAACAUGAAAAAGAGAAAGCUGUAGAGUCUGCACAAGAAUCAUUAGGAAUUAUCGAUAAGCUGAUUGAAGGCAAGAAAUUUUUUGGAGGAGAAACCAUAGGUUUUCUAGACUUAGUGGUGGGUUCUUUACCUAACUGGAUCAAAUUCCUAGAAGAAUUAGGAGGCAUAAAGUUAGUUGAUGCAGAGAAGUUCCCAUCAUUCCAUGAAUGGUCGAAGAAAUUUGUUGAGAUUCCAAUCAUCAAAGAAAAGAUACCAAUGCCAGAAGAUCUAAUCAACUACUUCACUACUUCUGGGCUAGCUAAAACUAUACGUAGCUCGGCAUUGGCAAACAAUAAGUGAGUCUGAACUGGACUGAUGUUUAUUUAGAAUUGUUCUCUGCAGACUAUUAGGCUUAUAAUAAAUUGCUCAGAGACUGUCUAUAGAAAUGUUAUUCCUUUAAACAAAACAAUUGUAGCCGAAUUGUGCACUUAUGUUUUCUCUUUAUUUUUACUUAAUAAAACACCUUUGUAGUAA